AUGAAGAGUGACAUCAACAAGUUAUAUCAGAACUGUUUCUCUUGUCGACGAGAACUACUACGCCUGGUACCGCUAGGUGGUCAGAGGUCACACCAACUUUCUAAGAGGUUUGACACCUUGGUUAUAGACUUCUGUGGACCUUUUUCCGACAUCACAGUCGAUGGUAUCAAGUCACCACACAUCAUCAUACUCAUCGACUCCUUCACUACUUGGUUAGAACUCCGUCUAGUCGAAGGUCCCACCGCUCGAGCAGCUGCGAAGUCCGUAACCGAAUGGUCCCUGCGCUUUGGUAGCCCCCUUUAUCUGCUUUCUGAUAGAGGUCUGGCAUUCACAGCCGAGCUCAAGAAACUCGUGAGCCAGGCCUUCUCUAUAGACUCCGUUCCCAGUGGCGGUUAUCAUCCUACACCACAAGGACAAGCUGAGAAGGCUGUCUCCCUCGUCAAGUCAUCUCUAAGGAAACUAUGUGCUCACGGGCCUAUGCAACUUGCGUUGCAAAACCUCCAAUGGAUCUGCCGGUUCCACAAUACAGCGCCUAGAUCCUACGGUGAUGAAGACAUAACUCCAGAAGACCUUUAA